GGGCGUUAAAUUGUGUGAAGGCUAACACGCAAGCGCGCUGUGUCAGUAGUCUGUUGCUAUGUUCGGAGCGUGGUUGUGUUUUGCUAUUCUGCUCCAUUUCUAUCUCGUGUAGCAUAGGCAUGUAAAUAAUCUGAAUCCGAUUAAAGUGAAAAAUGUGAUAUGUUGUGCAAAAAUUUACUUAGGAGUACGAGUUCUUCGAGAUGAUGGCUGACACCGAUGUUUCAUCAGUGAAUGAUGUGCCGAUGGAAAACUUGAAGAAGGGCUCGCCAGCAAAGGAACAAGAUGGCGAAGCGGACGGGGUUAGAGAUGGCAAAACCAGACCUCCUCCCGUUGAUGUGUCGGGGGGCGCGGGGGAGACAGACCCGCUACGCACACCCCCGCCCUCCCAGCCCCGGACGCCGGGGGGGCGACACGACACUCUCAGGGACAAGGAGCGCAAGAUCGGCCACCGCAGGGUGGGGGAGGGCGGCCAGGUCACCUAUAAGAAGAUCGGCACGAACCAAAUCAUGGGGUCCAUCCAGCUGGGCAUCCACCAGGCGGUGGGGUCGCUGGCGGGCAUCCCAGAGCUGGACGUGCUCAUCCAGGACUUCUAUGUCGUCGAGACCAUCUCGUUCCCUCCCAACGGCUCCGAGACUACGCCUGCUCAUCCAUAUUCUGAUUAUAGGUUCAAAGUGUACGCCCCGACGGCGUUCCGACAUUUCCGGGACCUGUUCCGUAUCGCGCCGAGCGACUACCUGGUGUCGCUGUGCAAUGAAGACCUCAGGGAGCUGAGCAACCCUGGCGCCAGCGGCUCUAUAUUCUACGUCACUAAUGAUGAUGAGUUCAUCAUUAAGACCGUGCAGCACAAGGAGGCAGAGUUCCUGCAGAAACUUCUGCCUGGAUACUACAUGAACCUGAACCAGAACCCACGCACGUUACUACCUAAGUUCUUCGGCCUGUACACCUACCAGUGCAACGCGAAGAACAUCCGCCUAGUCACCAUGAACAACUUGCUGCCUUCCUCUGUUAAGAUGCAUCAGAAGUAUGAUCUCAAAGGCUCCACUUACAAGCGCAAGGUAUUAGCUUCGUUCAAGAUCAUGGACUACUCCUUGCUAGUUGGCAUCCACAAUCUGGAUCUGGCGGCGAGAGAGAAACAGGAGAGAGCGAACGGUCGUAACAACGGCAAGAGCGGCGCCGGCGUGGGCGCGUCUGGCGGCUGUGGCGGGAGUGACGAUGACUCUGGCGGGUCAGGGUCUGAUGGUGGCGGUGGUGGCGGUGAUGGCGGUGGAGGUGAUGGUGGCGGGGGACUGAGCAGAAGCCGAAGUAUCAACAGGCAGCGACUGGUGGCACACAGCACCGCCAUGGAGAGCAUCCAGGCCGACGCUGCUGACCCUAUUGAUGAGGAAGAUCAUGUGCCGCCUGGGGGCAUUCCUGCGAGGAACGUGCGAGGCGAGCGCCUGCUGCUCUUCCUCGGCAUCAUCGACAUCCUGCAGAGCUACAGACUUAAGAAGAAACUAGAGCACACCAUCAAGAGUAUGGUGACGGACGGGGACACGAUCUCGGUGCACCGGCCGAACUUCUACGCGCAGCGCUUCCAGAAAUUCAUGGCUGAGCGCGUCUUCAAGAGGAUACCGUCGCUGGACCUGCCCGAGGUAACGGGCCAACAUCGAAAAUUCCGCACGCUCGUCUCCAGCUACAUAGCGCUGCGACACUCGCCUUCCCGUCGCCGUGGUACAUCGCUGCGCUUCCAGAGACCGCACUCUUCUUCUCAUCUCUUAGACCCUGGCACUGCUGCUACUGCUACUGUCACUGCACGCAGUAAUUCUACUGCUACUACUGCUGCUGAUGUUGUCACUACUGCCACUGCUUCUACAGCGGAGGCUGAGCUCAGCUCCACAGCAGAAGCGUUGCCAGACUCUGAGUCUAACAUCCACAAGCCUGAGUCUGAUCGAGGUGGCAGUGGUCGUGGGUCUGAGUCAUCACCACACAGCGACAGUGUGGUACCCACAUCACCACCCUCAUCCACCACACUCAAGUCUUCCCUGCACCACGUACGCUCCUCUCACCAUCACGUCACCACCGUCGCCAUACAGGAAGAUCGCACCGACGUCGUCAGAAAAGGUGCGCGGUUGCGCUUUAAGGGGGUGGGGGAGCCUGAACCCCCGGAGGAGGGGGGUGACACCCCUGCUACCCUCACCCGCUACACCUCCAACACUAUCAGCGUGAGCGACGUGCGCCUCGAGACGCGCACAGACUCACGCUCCACGCUCAGCGUGGACUCGAGCCUCGCGUCCAGCGGCGGCGGCGGCGGCGGCGGCGGUGGCCACCACCGCACCUACACGUGGACGCCGCCUCUGUCUGUCGAGGGCAGCACACCCACCUGGACCGAGGGCACCCCUAGCUUCACUGAGUCCUCUUCCAGUGGUGACUUAGGCUGCCCCAACACCCCCAGCCGUAGCCUCAACACCACCGUGGACUCUGCGCAGCACGAGACCGAAAUGAAACAGAUUCUGCACCACGGUCAGCGACAUCACAUCACAAAACAUGAACGACGCGGUGUGGUGACCACGGUUGUGGUGAGUGGGCCAUCACUACAAGCUCCUCAACUCACCUCAACGUCUUCACCACGUUCCCACACCUCAAUCUCUGCUAUGCCUUUCAACUCGAAGGUUUCAUCACAGCAAUACAACUUCGUGGUCCCUACAGCUGCUGCUGUUCGAGUCUCACCGAUCCCUUGCACCAGCUCCGACGUGAUCCCUGGUAAUGGGGUUAAAGAUGACGAUGGUGGGGAUGUUGCUGGACAAAUUAAUGGAGUUAUGGGGAAUACGAGUCACACUAAUGGGGAUGACGCAGCACCCGGCAAGUAUACCGUUACUUUACAGGUCGGCGACGCGUAGAGUUUUUGACAACUUCAGCCGGAGACGACCGCGCCUUUAACAUAGACGCGGCUAUCGUGGUCCUCCUAUGAUAUGUUUUUUUAUGUAAACAUUAUGGUCUAAAUUAUAUACUGCUAUCUAGCCGCCGGUCAUUAUUCAUUAGAAAUAUAUUAUUGACUUUAUUUCUUAUAGUCCGAAUAAAAGUGUGUCCUAGAAAUUCUUGAAUUUUUCACAUGAAGCGUUUUCGACCCAGUCGCUGGGAAGGCCCUGGAGUGCGAGUGUCCCGCGAACCGUGCUUUAUCGUAAUUAUUUAUUUAAUGCCUAAUUCGACAGGUCUUCUGACGUUGAAUUAACGUUGAUUAAACGUUGUUUCAACAAAAUCGACUCAUAAUCAACGUUGCUUUAACGUCAUUUGCUUGGCGAGAUGAGUCCUUCUUUAGCUGAAUUUGAAACCUCUAGAUUUUGUUCUUCUAGUUCAUUUGUUGUUGUACUAAAUUAUAUCGAGGCAGAAACGUACGGGAAACUUGCUCUAAUUUUUUAGGGGUAUUUCUCAAAAAAGUUUUCGCGAUUUUUGUUCGUUUUUCCUGAUAAAUCGUAGUCUUACGGACUUUGGCUUUGACUUAUGAUAGUUGUUGAUGUGUUCGUGUUUGAUCGGAAAAUACAUUUUCGGCAAUACUCGAGUGGUAACUCUUUCCUAUUUAAAUGUUAUGUUUGCAUUGCUGUAAUUUAUAGUGGCAAUACGAACAUAAAAUGCCAACGAUUAGCUGUGACUCCUCUAUUCUGACGCUCUCUCUCCAGUAAAUAUGAUAUAAUUUCAUUGCAUCAAAUUUGUUCCCUUGAAUAUUGCGUGGAGAUUUUCCUACCUACCAUAUAUCGAUACCAUGGCAAAUGAUAAUCCUGGAAAUCAAUUGAAAAUGUAAAUAAUGAUUACAAUCUCGUGUAGAUGCGUCUGUAAAAUAUGGAAAAUUGUUGUCACGAAUGUUUUUGACAUGUCCCGCUAUUGGGAUGAAUUUUGUUGCUUACUAAUUAUGUUUUUGGCUUAUGGAACAGUUUUGAUUUUCCAUGCGCUGCAUGUUCACUAUUUACGAAGGCGAUUGAAUUUGAACGCAGUUUUUCUAUUUGCGGGAAUGAUUGGUCGUUUUCGAGGUUGAUCUGCCAUUGAAUCCUGAGCGGAGUUGUUUUUCAUGUGGCUUCCUUCAUUUUUGUUUUAUUUAAUAUAAUUUGUUUGUGAACGAUGUCUGUGAAGACCUUGAACAUUUCCCCUGUAGAAUAUUUCUUUAUUUUAACCCCUGUCGAAUUGCGUAAAAAAUUGUACCUAAACUCGAUACACUUAUUACAUUGUAAUAUUAUUUACUUUGACAGAGGCCAAACUAGAGCCUGAGGAUCUGGAUUUGUGUUCAUAGUGUUGAUAAUGGAGGAAAUACUCUUUAACAUAAUUUCUUGUAAGUAAAAAUGAAUAAUUCUCUUAUAUUUUAUUUGCUGGUCUACCGGCUAACUCUGAUGUCUGAUUUAUCUUACGUUAUUAUCUCGAGAUUUAAAUGAAGAAUUGGUAGGUGAUGUCAACCUAUAUACGGUCGUGUCAAUAAUAAAGCAAUCGGCAAAUUUGCAUUCAAUUUUAUUAUAAAUGACAGGAAAAAUAAAGCUCAGCGAUAAAAAAUUGUAAAAAAAGGUGAUGCUCAAGAAAGGUUUAUCUGUACAUCUUAAAUUUUGGUUCAGUGCUGAUGCCUUGAAUAUUUAGAAGUUGAGCUUUCGAACAUUUAAUGAGAUAAAGAUGUCAGCAAGAAUUUAGCUGGAUGAGCACCCUGCAAAGGGUUAAUCAAGCCAGAAAGUUUUGUCGAAGCCCCAAUCUGAAAGCCGCAGUUUAAGCCGCUGUUGAGUUUGUCAGACUCGCAUUGUAAGAAUAUUGAUAGCCGAUCAAGGCAAUCGCUGUUUAAAUAUAUUUCUGUGAUGACUGAAAGUUGAACAUUUCAAAUGACUCAAUAUUUCAGUUGAUGCUCUUGAUAAUCUCGCAAGAUUUCUUUUGGAAAUUUGUUGAAAUUUUUUACCUUUUACAUUAGCUUGAUCAGCAUUAGGCCUUUGUUAAUCUCCCUUCGAGUUAUUUAAUUCGUUGUCACUAUUUUCGUACGCUAUCUAUUAGGAUAAUCUUUUCACAAUUGUCCUGGGACUUUCUACGAAAUUUUUCUCGUUUGAGGUUAAUUUUACAGUAUGAAUUUAUCUGAUCAGACGCUGCUUACGUAUACUUGGAUCUUUCCCAAGCAGAGUUAAUUUUUUUUUAUUUCGAUUUUAAGAGAAGUUCACAUGAUACGUUGGACUUAGUGAAUGUGCGCCUGAGAAAUAUCCUUGACAGAAGCUUAAAGCCUUUCUUAAUUUACACUUUAAUCCAUGUACACCUUUUUUGUAUUCGGCUAGUAAUAGUAGUUAAAUGAAAAAUUUGUAGGUGUUAUAUUAUACUCCAGGAAUAAACAUACUUUAUACUCGAAUCGCGGAAACGAAAUUUUGUUCCCAUAUUAGAGGACAAUGACGAAAGGUUUAAAAUGGCUUUAAAACAUUAGCACUUGAUCUUGAAUUGAAGAUGUAUGUUCUCAGUCGUCGUAUUGACCAGCUCAUUUAUUAGCUGAAAAUUUUCUAGUACAAUAGAAAAUAUAUCGAUUACUUUUUCUGUUUAUACGUUAUGAGAUAAUGAAGGUAAUACGUUCUUGUAAUGAAGGAAUGAUGCUGGAGUGAACCUCGUGACCUCAUCACCCAACCUCAUGACCUAAUCACCCAACAUCAUGACGUCAUCACCCAACCUCAUGACGUCAUCACACAACCUCAUGACGUCAUCACCCAACCUCAUGACGUCAUCACCCAACCUCAUGACGUCAUCACCCAACCUCAUGACGUCAU